CUCUGACUCCGGCGCCAACACGGUCACACCAACAUUUGCAACUUCCUCGCAUCUCUAUACGAUUGUCCAGUCCGGUCCACGCCUGUCAACAUGUUAGCCACACACGGCGUCAACGCCGCUCAAGGCUGGUAUGGAUCAUCCCACGGAGCCACCUCCUCAACGCCAAUGUGGAACGCAGCAUCGUCCCCUGCGUUUGGCCACAACCACCCUUACGACUCGUCUAGCCAAAGCGGAUCGUGGCAGCAUCAAUCAGCAACACAAAAUGGCGCUACUGCUCAUCAGACAGGUUCCCAAAUGUCGCACACGCUUAGUAGCGCCUCGCCUCCAGGCCCUCAGGCUGGAGGCGGUUAUAUUGCGACAGGCCGCAAGCGCAAGCGUCUGCAAAGAGCUUGCGUGUCUUGCCACAAGGCCAAACGCCGCUGCGACGGGGGUCUUCCUUGCUCGAAUUGCGACUUCAGCGGGCGCACCUGCUCAUACUCUGAUGCCCAGGGAAAUGUCGUACCACCCACGCAAAGAUCAUGUCCUCCCAGCGCAGCGCCCUCAGCUCCAUCUGCUGCGGCGCCCUCGAACAUGCCACCGCCAGGCCACAGCGGUUCCCCCGUCAUGAACAUGCAUGCCAGAUUACACAGCAGCUCUAGCGCAUCUAUGAGCUCCGAUCAUGCACCGUCACAGAUUGUCAGCUCGUACGCAGCAUCGGCUGGCGCCCAAUCGGCGACGCCAUUCUACCCUCAGUCAGAGCCUCGACAGAUCAGCAGCAUCUAUUCGCGUACUCGCGCUACGUCGUCAUCCGACUAUGCACGCUCGCCCAAGUCUAGCCUGCGUUCGUGGUCCGAAGGUGCAGAAUGUCCCCCACCAACUCUGGAGCAGCGCACGUCUCUGAUCGAGACCUUCUUCCGACGCAUGCCACCAUUCAAUGCCAUCGUGGACGAGGCCUCCUUCUCGCGUGACGUCACCAACGAUCAAGUCUCGCCUGUCUUGUCCUACAGCGUCUACGCUCUCGCUGCUCGCUUCCAACAAUCAACGUACACCGGCGUGCCCGCCUGGGCUGCCGGCGAGGGCUACGCUCAGAGCGCUCGCCGCAUGCUGCACGCCGAAGACGCCGAGGGUAACUCGCUGCUCGACACGCCGACGCCGACGUUUGCAACAGCUUUGGCGACGUGUCUUCUUUCUGCGCACGAAUUUGGCAUGAAUCGCACAGUCAGAGCAGGAAUCUACAUCAACCACUGUGCGAGACUUAGCCGCAGCUUGAACGUUCUCAGCAAUCGCAGUGAUGGUCAUCGGAACGCAGAUGCGUCGUCUCAGCAACUAGCGCAACACACUCCGCGUUUCGUGUGCGUCGCAGCGAUGCUGGACGCCAUGAUUGCUCUCGUUCUCGGUCAAGCUCCUGCCUUUAGCCCUAACGAGCUGACCGAGGCGCGAUCUGCCUACUCUACGGACGUUCUCACCUCCGAUGAGACGAGCCGUGCCUUCAUCCGGCUGUUCGAGAUCACCUCACUGUUGACCAGCGCCAUGGAGGCCAGGCGCACUGGCGUCGCUCCGGUCAACGACCGAACCGUCAGCAACUGGGCCAGCCAGCUCCCCGCCAGUGCCCGCUACGACGCGACGAACCUGGGAAGCGCCUCUCGCGCACUCAACGAGAACCACGACAGACGUUUCAUGAGACCACCUACGCCAUCCAUGUCUUCAAUGCAGGCGUGGAUCUGGACCAGCACGCACGUCGUUGCAGAGUGCACCACAUUCUUGUUGGAAGAGCAGACCAGACCAGCCGCACUCGACAACAUCAAGAUCAUCGUCGACGCCAUGGGAGAGGAUUGCAGACGCUCACCACUCGUGUUCCUACCGCUUCUGGUCAUUAGCGCUCACGUGCAGUCGAGCACUCCCGAAGUUGCACGCUGGUGGGACGUUGCCAGGACCUACUGGUGCCUACAGCCCAACGCCACGGCGCAUCUCGUGAGCUUGCUGCAGAAAGCCACACCCACGACGUCCAGCUUUCGACUGGGCUCGCGCUCGCCUCCCAACAAGGGCUCAAACAUUCCGGCCCUGGUCCUUCCGUCACCUGCCGGAUACGGACUUCGCCGAAGUCCCUCGGCACACUCGACGCCUGGACUAGGAUCGCGUCCAACCCUGCCAGCUUCGCCACCCUCGUCGCUCCGCGAGCGCGAUUCGGCAAAACUGCCAAGGCACCACUCGAGCGCCUCGGGCAAUUUUCUGCCCUCCUUGAAUCGUCUGCCUUCGCUUCGACUGAGCCCACCUUUUGUCAACGGCGACAAGAGCAGUCAAGGGGACGAGCAAGCUGCUUCCAUCGGUGCUUCUUCACCGUCCAACUCGAGCGUCACUGGCCCUUCGUACGAGUCCGUCUCUGCCAACACAUCUUCCAACGGUCCUCGAUCACAUAAUCAGGCACCACUGUCCGUGCUCGACGGUGCGCGCAACGUCUGGGGUCCCUUUGCCGGCUCUCGCGACCGUGAUGCGCGCAAGGCUUUUGUCUGAGGCGCAGGCGACGCUCGUACUCGACGUUCCCACGUAGUCACCAUCAUAGCGUGUCAUGACGCCUAAUACUGUAUCACUAUUCGCCUUGCGAUGUUGUAAUCAAUUGUGAAAAUGCUUGCUACCAUCAACCUGGCCGACCUAGCGUCUCGCAGAGCGUGCUAUAUCCUUUUGAGAUGCUGGGAUACGAUACUAGACGUGGUGUGGGCUACAUGACGAUCAGAUGAUGCUUGCUGGUCACCUCGACCUGGAGUCUCAACGCGACGUGGAUGGCCCAGUGUGACCCAAUAAAGGUUCACGACCGGUCGUGCGCUUUGACAAGAUUCGCCUCUGGCAUUGCCUGUUGUGUGGGAUGACAAAGCAAGAGGGCAUCAGCCAAGAGAACAUGUACGCUCA